GGGCUUGCCCGCCCGCCAGCUUCCACUUCCACGCAGCGUCGCCCGUGGGAGCUCGAGCCCGACUCGCCGCUGGCCUGCUGUCAGCGCACCUGCCGGAAUGUCGGAGGAAAACUAGUAAGUCUAAAGAGGGUUUGUGAGUUUUGGAUUUAAAAAAAAGUGGCGAGUAUCUUUUUUUUUCAAUCAGGCUUUGACGGGGAAUGAGUCGCUAAAGUUUUUGGAGCGGCUUCCAGGACAGGCGGUCGCGUCGACUUGACGCAUUUACCGGACUUCCGACGGUGUCAUCGCGUCCUCUGGCGAUUCUUUUCCUGCCCGAACAUGCUACAGGAGGGCAGCGGGAAGAACCCGCCGCCCGCGGCCGAAGCCGAGCGGCGCUUGCCGUCCGGAGACGCUGAAGCGCAGCCGGCCGCCGCCGCCGCCGCCGCGUCGGCCCCCGCGGAAGUAGCCCUCUUCGCUUUGCCCGGAAACGGCAGACUGGACAUCAAAAGGCACGCGGUGACGGACGACUACAAAAUCUCCAGCCAGGUUCUGGGUUUGGGAAUCAACGGCAAAGUUUUGGAGUGCUUCAGUAAGAAGAAUGGGCAGAAGUGCGCUCUCAAGAUCCUCUACGACAACCCCAAAGCGAGACGGGAGGUGGAGCUUCAUUGGAGGGUGUCUGGCGGACCGCAUAUCGUCCGAAUCCUCAGUCUGUAUGAGAACAUGCACCGUGGCAAGAAGUGCCUGCUCAUCAUCAUGGAGUGUAUGGAGGGCGGAGAGCUGUUCAGCCGCAUCCAGGCCCGAGGAGACCAGGCUUUCACAGAGAAAGAGGCAUCGGAGAUCAUGAGAGACAUCGGCGCCGCCAUCGAGUUCCUGCACGGUAUCAACAUUGCGCACCGAGAUAUCAAGCCCGAGAAUCUAUUGUACAACUCCAAGCAGAGGAACGGAGUCCUCAAGCUAACGGACUUUGGGUUUGCCAAGGAGACCACCCAACACAACCCUCUCCAGACCCCCUGCUACACACCCUACUAUGUGGCGCCGGAGGUUCUGGGUCCGGAGAAAUACGACAAGUCGUGCGACAUGUGGUCUCUGGGCGUGAUCAUGUACAUCCUGCUGUGCGGCUUCCCUCCGUUUUACUCCAACACGGGCCAAGCCAUUUCACCCGGGAUGAAGAAGCGAAUCAGGAUGGGCCAGUAUGAAUUUCCCAACCCGGAGUGGGCCGACGUGUCGCAUGAAGGCAAAAGUUUGAUUCACCAGCUGCUGAAGACGGACCCCAACGAGAGGAUGACCAUCAGUCAGUUUAUGAAACACCCCUGGAUCAGCCAAGCCGCGGCGGUGCCCUCCACGCCGCUCCACACCAGCCGAGUGCUGACCGAGGACCGAGAGAUGUGGGAAGACGUCAAGGAGGAGAUGACCAGCGCUUUGGCAACCAUGCGCGUCGACUACGACCAGGUGAAAAUCAAGGACCUGGACACCUCCAGCAACCCGCUCCUCAUCAAGAGACGCAAGAGAGCCGCCGCGGGGGCCAAGGGCGGCGCCGCGGUCUGCCAAAGUCAGUGAGGCGGGCGGCUCACCGUCACCUUCAAGGCCGGCCCUUUUUCAAUCCGGAGAUUGGCGGAAAGAGACCGCGAGAUUUGCAAGGCUGGGCGGGACGUUUUGAGGCCUGCCUUUGGCCGCCGACGUGUUUGGAAAAGAAUUUGAAGACGCUUUGGAUCAUAACGACUGUACGUUUGGGAUUUAGGGGUGCCGUUUUCAACCGUAUGCUAAUCGGCGAGCGACGCUCGCCGACAAAGGAAACUCCCAACGUUGAACAAUUUAUUGACAGAACGUCAUAAUUUUGAUUUUAAUUUG